AUGAACAUCUCGGUGAUUCGACGUUUGGACGAGUCCGAUGGAGCCAUGAGUGCUCUGCAGUUCGUGCUCAAUCCCAGUGACACGCAGACGUCAACUGAUGAAAUCCGUUCUUCGCUGCGGGAGAAGCUGCUGGGUGCAAAGUGCGUGCAGAGUGGAUGCGUCGAUUGCGCUGUUCAGGUUGAUGACAUCGCGAGGCUCUGUCGUCGGCUCGUUGUCUUCGAUAUGGAUUCUACUCUAGUUGAAGGCGAGGUUAUUGAUGAGCUGGCGAAACUCGCAGGGGUUGAGAAGGAAGUCUCGGCCAUCACGUCGAAAGCCAUGCAUGGCGAAAUCGAUUUCUUCGAAAGUCUCAAACAAAGGGUGGCUCUGCUGAAGGGCGCUUCUGCGAAGUAUUUGAUCGAUGAGGUUGAAAGUCGAAUGAAGUUUACUCCUGGUGCGAGGCAAUUGACUAAAACCCUCAAAGCUAUGGGAUUCAAGAUGGCCGUUAUAUCUGGCGGUUUCCUACCCUUCGCUCAACAUACCAAGAAGGAGCUUGGUUUGGACUACGCUUAUGCCAAUGAGCUCGAAAUAGACUCUAAUGGAUUACUUUGUGGAAGGACGGUCGGUCCGGUGGUCACUCCACAAAGAAAGCGAAAUUUACUAGUCAUGCUUGCUAGAGUGGAAGGUGUUCGCGUGGACCAGGCGAUUGCAGUUGGAGAUGGUGCUAACGACAUUCCCAUGCUCACCACCGCGGGUUUGGGUGUGGCGUUCUGUGCUAAGCCGAAGGUUCAAGAACAAGCGAAUUUCAGAGUCAACAACAAGGAUCUGUCAACUAUUCUAUAUCUUGUUGGGCUCACGCAAGCUGAUAUUGGCAAGGCUGAAGACGCGUAGAUCAGGAAGGUGUACUGCUAGGCCUUGUAAUUGUCAUUGGAGCUACGUAUUUGAACAACGAUUAUGGAAUAUGAUGAAAUGCUCAAUAUCUCAUGUCAUUCACCUUCGCUAUCUAGUU